AUGAGCAUGCUGUUGCUUCUACUGAGCGGCAUUCUGUUUGCUUUUCUGUUUGUCUUCUGGAAAAGCCGCUUUCAGGUAAACGAUGGUGAAAUGUCAUCAAAUUCAACUUCUCUUGCACUAGUAAGACCAUCCUCUUCUACUGGGUCAACUAAGAGCGAUACUGAUAAGAGUCUUUCAGUCAUCUGCCUCUCUCGGGAUAUCUUAAUUAAUUCCCCACACACCAUAACCAUACAGAAGCGAAUACUGGUAAACCUCGGGAUCGUGGAAUACAAGCUGGCUGAACUGGAACAUUUCCUAGUUAUCAAGGGUUUAAAUGGUGCAUUAGUUAACUGGAAAUCUGACAAGCUUAGAGAAUGUAAUGACAACGGAGGCAAUCAUUAA